AUGAAAUUUGACAGCAUACUCUCAGAAAUUAACGGAUUUGGAAAAUUCCAAAUCAAGCUAGCCUUGAUUCAGAUCCUCUCUCGUAUUUGUCUGCCAUGUCACUUCCUGCUGAAUAACUUCAUGGCAGCUGUUCCCUCUCACCACUGCAACACCAAUGCUCUGGAUGAUGGAGGCUUCUUUGGGAAUUUAACUCAGGAGCAGAAACUGGCUGUUGGUGUUCCAGCAGAGCAGGAUGGGACUCUGAGCUCCUGUCAGAUGUUUUCAAAGCCCCAAUAUCAACAUCUGUCAGGCUUUAACAGUAGUGAGGAUGCAGUUACUGUUCAGUGUCAGAACGGAUGGGUGUAUGACAACAGCACAUUUAAAUCUACUUUGGCAACAGAAUGGGAUCUCGUGUGCGACAGAAAAGGGAUGAACAAGGCAACAGCCACCAUUUUCUUCAUUGGUGUUAUGUGUGGAGCCCCGGUAUUUGGGUAUCUCAGUGACAGGUUUGGCCGACGGCCGCUGCUGUUGGUGUCUUAUUUGACGUCCUUGGCGUUUGCAGUCCUGAGUGCAUUCUCCCCAUCGUAUGUGGUGUUUGGCAUCAUGAGGUUUUUCACAGGAAUGUCACUCGCAGGAAUAAGUAUCAUCUCUAUUGCUCUAAAUGUUGAAUGGUUUAGCAUCACACACAGAACCUUUUCUGGUAUAAUCAUAAGCCUGGAUUGGACACUUGGAAACAUGCUUCUGGUUGGAAUUGCAUACAAUGUAAAUCAUUGGAGGUUGCUCAUUGUUGCAGUGACAUCACCCUUGAUACUGUCCAUCAUUGCUUGGAGGUGGCUUCCAGAGUCUGCGAGGUGGCUCCUGGCAAACGGGAAGGCAGACGCUGCUCAUCAUUACUUAAUGCAAUGUGCCAAGAUGAACAACAGAACUAAGUAUAUGGCCACCAUCACACAAACGGAAUUACUGGAAUCUGCACAAGGUGAAACUGGAGAUAAGAAGUACACUAUUGUGGAUCUUUUCAAGACCCCAAAUAUUAAGAAAAUUUCUAUAUGCUCAGGAAUAGUAUGGUAUGGAGUUGCAUUUACAUAUUAUGGGAUAAGUCUGAAUAUCACCGGGUUCGGACUAAACCCAUACCUCACACAAAUCAUAUUUGCAUCCAUUGAAAUGCCAAUGAAGAUCGCUGUGUAUUUCUUCCUGGAGAAAGUUGGUAGAAGGUUUGGUCAGAUGGGAACCCUGCUGCUAACUGGUCUCUGUCUCUUCAUCAACAUGUUUAUGUCAAAAGAUAAGUGGGUCAUUCGUACUGUUGUGGCAGUCCUUGGAAAAUCCACGUCAGAGGCCUCAUUCACGAUCAUGUUCCUCUACACAACUGAACUCUUUCCUACAGUCAUACGACAGAAUGGUUUAGGCUACACUUCUUUUGUGGCGCGACUGGGCGUGUCCAUCUCUCCACUCAUCAUGCUAUUGGAGGACGUAUGGCAUCUCCUCCCUGCAGUCAUUUAUUGUACAGUGGCAGUCGGAUCCGGUUUAGUGUGUUGGUUCCUGCCUGAAACAUUAAACGCCCGACUGCCAGAGAGCAUCGAGGACAUUGAGAAACCAAGGGGCCAAUCCAUGACGAACAAGGAGAUCCAAUAAAAAUCACAUGUCUUGAUAAUGACAGUGAGAUGCUUCAGAAUAUGCAGUCAUGAUUCUCAAUUCACUGUUUUCAUUCGCUGUUUCCUUUAAUUGAGGCUCCAAAUAUGAACAUGUGGUUUUACUCAGACAAAUCGCUACCAGCCUGUUAACAUUAGUAGCAACUAGAUUUUUAUAUUUCCUGAGUGAAAAUAUAAAUAAGUAAAAACGCCAAAGUCGUGAAUAGUCAAAUUUGCUGCUUCAAUUGUAAUAAGAGUUAUGGUUAAAAUUAGUUAAAAACAAGUAUAUUUUCUCCCCGGUGGCUGUUGCUGUAAGGCUGACAGCAUCUUUUCACCUUGGGACACAAAAUAUUUGCCAACCAUAGACUAUUGAGGAUGUGGAGCAGACAAAGGGAAUGGUCCUUGAUUUAGAUUGAAUUCAAACAUCGAAUUUCUUUUUGUAGCUUUAACAUACCACUAAUUCAUGGCUACUUAUUGUGUUGUAAUGCAAUAAUGUGAUAUUUCUUAAAUGAAAUGUAAUAAAGCUGCAACUCAUUUUACAACAUACUGAGGUUCCUGCUUUAACUAUUAAC